CUCUCCUGUCUCCUCGCUAAACUCUUCUUUAUGCAAUGAAAAUCUCUUAAAACACACUUGCAAAAGCUCUGAUUUUUUGUUUUUUGAGCGCAAAAGCUCUGAUUUUUUUGUUUGUGGAUUUUGCAGAAACCAAUUCAGUUCUCUGUUGUAAGGGGAGAUAAUAGAAGAAUGGCGGCAAACAUGUUAAGGUUGUAUCUGACUUGCAUAAGGAACACUCUUGAAGCUGCCAUGUGUCUACAAAACUUCCCUUGUCAAGAAGUUGAAAGACAUAACAAACCUGAAGUUGAACUGAAGACUAGCCCAGAACUUCUGCUUAAUUCUGUUGUAAUAUGUAGAAAUGAGGCUGAAAAGUGCUUGAUAGAAACAUCAAUUAAUUCUCUACGUAUAAGCCUUAAGGUGAAGCAAGCAGAUGAACUUGAAAACAUUUUGACAAAGAAAUUCCUUAGAUUUUUGUCAAUGAGAGCAGAGGCAUUUCAGGUACUAAGGAGGAAGCCUGUGCAGGGCUACGACAUAAGUUUCCUCAUCACAAAUUAUCACUGUGAGGAGAUGCAAAAACAGAGACUCAUAGAUUUUAUUGUUCAGUUCAUGGAGGAUAUUGAUAAAGAGAUAAGUGAACUGAAAUUGUCUGUGAACACACGAGGAAGGCUUGUGGCUACAGAAUUUCUGAAGCAAUUUAUCUGAAGUUUUCAAUAUAUAUAUUAUUUUGUUGUGGUGUAGUAGAGACUGCUACAAUUCUAAAUGUAGAUAUGGCAAAAUGACAUGCAAGUCAUUGGGAUGGACAGGGAUUUGUCAAUUGCACUUUGUGAACAUAGUCAAGAGAUUUGCUAAGUUAGAUUCAUCAUAGAUACAGUAUACUUAUAAGCUCAAGUUUGUAGACUUUUGUUUUACUACUCCCCAAUUCUAUGGACAAUUAUACAAGAUUAAUAUUGGUAAAGUGAAUCUGAUAUACUUGGGUUAAAUUUGUAAA